AGCAAGAUGAGGUAAAUACAAUGUCUGAUGGAUUUAGUUAGACGGGUUGGUCUCAGUCCUAAUGUACGAAAAAAGCAGUUGCCGACGAAAGGUCGGAUAUUCGGUGUACCACUCUCAGAGCUAACGGAGAAAUGUGACAACAGUGCUAACGUCCCCAACAUCGUCUAUCAACUUGUCGCCUUCAUCCGUCGUCAUGGCUUUAAAGAAGAAGGACUGUUUAGAGUUAGUGGUAACCGACGAGUUAUUGAUGGGUUAAGAUUGGAGUAUGACCAGAACGGCACUGCCAACCUCACUUCUGUACAUGAUGUCAGUGUGGUGACAUCUAUCUUCAAGAUGUUCUUUAGAGAACUUCCCGAUCCUCUUAUUCCUGAUCAGGUAUCUCAGGAGAUCCUAGUUGCAGCAGAAGACAGGACACUAUCCACAUCACACCUGGUAGACAAGAUCAGGACUUACUGUAAAACUCUCCCACCCGUCAACCUUAACCUCCUCAAGUAUCUCUGUUCUUUUCUCAACGAUGUGGGACAGAACGUGGCCGUCACCAAGAUGACCGACUCUUCUCUUGCUAUAGUGUUUGGUCCGAAUCUCUUCCGGAUAAAGAGUGAUCUGGAAGCUUUGCAGAGGCAGCCCUCUAUUACUAAAGCAAUGAGUUGCAUGAUUACUCAUCAUCAGCAGAUAUUCAGCACAAGCGAGGUUAUCUACAGUACAGUAGAUAAGAAACCCGCUCCUGCCACCCCAACUCCAGGGGGCCUCAUACAAGUGGAGAGUGCUAACAUAAACAACAACCACACGGCUGCUCCUUACUUUAUUUUACCAGACCAGCUAGAUAACGGCAAGCCGCUCAACAACAAUAUGAACAAGGAAAACAUAAACACGGUGGCUAACAACAAAGCGAAAGAUUGGGACGAUACCUGGUUAUCAGGUCUGGCUCAAGACUCCCCUUCUCCGGAGACCGAGGACAUCCUGGCUCGGUCACAUGACUCCCUCUCCUCUAUGUCUCCUCUCACUGGGUCUGGCAACCUCUCCAUUCAAUUCAACCUCCAACAGACUAUCAAGGAGUGUAUCUGGGAGAUGCUCAUUCCUGCUCCAACUACGAGUGAUCAUAGUUUCAGUAUCUACAAUGAUAAGAACAACUCGAAUGAACAGAAGUUAUCAAAUGGGGGAGAGAGGAUCAGACGGAAAGGACCAAAACCAGAUUAUCAUGCUAAUAGGAACAGCUGUGUUGCCAUGAAUAGCAUCAGAACGGGUUCUUAUAACAGCGAAAUUAAGGAGGGUAAAUCUGACAGACAUCCAAGUCCGUCUCCGAGUCCGCCUUUUAACAGACGUUCAUCUGACGGCAUGUUCAAUCUGGCAACCUGCCAGCCCCUAGCUUCUGUAACGAAAGGCCGGGCCUCGCCUCAGAAACGACGGCAAAUCUCCAAAUCUAAAACUCAAACAGGUCCUGAGUCACCACAACGGGACAUUGUCCCCAAGUUAAACCUCAAGAAACUCUCCAAGGUUGAGUCCGUCAGCUCAUUAACUUGUCAAUCUGAGAUCUCCAGUGUACCGAGUGUGAAUGUGUCACCCAAGACGUCUCCCUCCAGUAGCAACAGCAUUGCUAGUUUGAGCAGUAAAAUAGCUCUGCUUAAACAGCAAGUAGUUGCGUUUGAUGCGAGUUUCGAGCAGGCGCAUCAUAGACCCCCAGUUGGAAACGAACGUAGACCCAUCGCUAGUAUAAUCAAAGAGCUAAACGAAUUAAAACGACUUUUGUUGGACGCUAAGGCUGUAGAUUCUAAUAGACCCAAGUCUACUUUAGUGAAUCAGCAUGCAAUGAUUCACUCUAAAAUGGACGAGAAAAGGAAGUUAGCGGGACGGCCUCACGAUUUGAAGCUUAUGAAUCAUUCUCAGCUGGCAGAUGAGAAACUCUGCAUCCAGAAGCUCUUGCUACAUUUUGAGGAAACUUACGGUCGGCCCAAAACAAAAGACCAGAAAGACACUAUGAGACCAAUAUAUGACAGAUAUCGUAAAGUUAAGCUUGCCCUGAACAAAAAGAACGAUACAGGUCCUAGUGGGGGUGAGAGAACUCCCACCAGAGUUAACAAUCAGUUGGGGGACACGUGGAACGUUACCAUGGGCAACACUGCCUCCGUAGCCUCAGGUAUGGAACUUAUCAACCUUACAAUGGAUGAACUGGUCCGUAAAAUGUCAGAGUUACAAGAUAAUAAGAGAAUUUUAAGGAAAAGUUUACGUGAUUAUGAGAAAGCGUUUCUCAAUAAACACGGGAGAAAGGUUUUAAAAGAGGACCGAGGUCCGAAAGAGUUGGAGUAUAAUGAUUACAAGCAAGUUAAAGCUAAGAUAAGAUUGGUAGAAACGCUCUUAAAGAAGAGUGGUGACGGUGGCUCCCAAACAUUUUGAUUUUAAUUUUGUCAGAGAAUAAUAAUAAUAAUGUGUGUGUAUUUGUUGUCAAUACUACCAUGUUGAGAAAACGUUUUUUAAUUAUAUAGAGUUUUAGUAAGAGUUUAAUUCAAGAUGUUAUGUCACUUGACCGGAAUAGGGCAGAGAUUUCGCAGAUUUGUUAGUCCAAAUCUAAUGAUUUUCAUCUUUUACAGAUUGCGAAAGUCCAACUGUAUCAACGUUACUAGACAGUGUCAGUAAAUUCUUUACUGGCAGAAAGUCUGACUGACCCACAGACAGACACACAGACUUCCUGACAAACGAACACACAGACAAACCGACAAACUCAUAGGACAUUCUAUUACACAGGAAAUCAACCUCUGUUAAUUGAAAAAGUAAAUUUUGUAGUCCUUGAUCUUCAUUAUAUUUCCUAAUAUAAUGUACGUCAAUAUUAACUUAUUUGUUCAUAAUUGUAGAAUUUACUACCUAGUGCAUGUGGUAAAUUGAUAUAUUAUCUGAUCGUGUACAUUAUGUAAAUAUCUCUACAAACGUUUUGUUUUUAGUUUACGUAAUUCGUAAAAACUAUUAUCUGAUAAAAUGACAUGGAACUUUUUUGUUUUAAAUGUCAGAUUUAGCGCAAAGAGCCACGAAAGAGACGAUUAAUUUUGGCAUAAUUUCUUGUUAUGGCUGGAUCAUUUAUCAUUAUGACAGUUCACUCCUACAGCAGAUUUUAGGUUCCAAUCCUUUUUGUAAAUAAGACAGUCUGGUUAGCUUUGUGAAGCUUAGAUUAAAUUACAGAUUCUCAAAGUACAUAUUAUAUAAUUUUCAGUUUCUUCAAAUGUACACAAAAUUUACGAGUUUUUAUCUUUUGUUUGAAAUUGUUAUUUUACUGCUUCUUCAAUCUUCUAGUACCAAGAUGAUGUAUAAAAUUGUUAAAUUAGCUUCAACUCUUAAAUCAGAAU